AUGCCUCAAUACACUUCGAGGGACGUCGGCGACCCGUCGCAAAUCAAGAAGAACAAGCAGUCGAUGGCCGACCUGAAACUGCGACGCCUGACGGAGCUGAACAACCGACUGCGCGAAGAUCUGGAACGAGAACGCAUUCCAGUGUCACAGGCUUCAAAGAGCAUAAUUGCAUAUUGCAACAGCACACGCGACUACAUGGUGCCAUCGGUAUGGGGUGCCGUGCCCAGAGGAGAGGACCCGUACGCGCCUCAACAGAGCGGUGGAUGCUGCUUGGUUAUGUAG